AUGCUUAAUACAACCACUGUAGCGGAUGUCCCGCAUAUUCCACAGGUUGAUAUGAUCAGCGCAACAAGCAAGUUGCAGUUAGAAGCAGCUGAUGUUCGUAAUAACAAACCUAAUUGGAAUUCGUAUCUAAGAAGUCAGAUGAUUGCUCAAGAAGAUUACAAUUUCAUAACAGCUUAUGAAGCAACAAAAACAAAACAAGAUCGCGAUAUUUUGCUACAGAACAAUAAAGCAGAAUGCGCAAGAACUAUGAUUAUUUUCAUUACUACUGUAGCUAAAGAUCAGAACGUUCGUUAUGUCCUCACACUGUUGGAUGAUAUGAUUUUGGAAGAUAGAUCUCGUGUAGAGAUUUUCCACAGUUAUGCUCGAAAACAAAAACGUACGCCAUGGUCAUGGUUUCUGAGUAUUUUGCAACGUCAAGAUGCAUUUACCAUUAAUCAGAUGUCAUCAGUUCUUGCAAAAUUUGCUUGUUUUGGCUCAGCACUUAUGGAAGGUUCGGAUUUAAACUUUUAUAUUUCAUUUCUGAAAGACCAGUUAAAAUAUCCUGGUAAUGAAUAUAUCAGUACAACUGCACGUUGUUUGCAAAUGAUGCUUCGGAUCGAUGACUACCGUCUAGCGUUUGUUGCAUCGGAUGGUAUAACAAGUAUAUUAUCAACGCUAAGUGGUAAAACUAAUUUCCAACUUCAAUAUCAACUGAUCUUUUCAUUAUGGUGCCUUACAUUCAACCCAGUUAUAGCAGAAAAGUUUCCUCGUAGUGGUGCUAUUCAAGUUCUCGGUGAUAUUCUUUCAGAGUCUAGCAAAGAAAAGGUGAUACGUAUUAUUUUGGGAACAUUCCGAAAUAUUCUCGAAAAGAUAGAUGAUCGUGAUCUUGAAAGAGAGGCAGCUUUACAAAUGGUGCAAUUUAAAACUUUGAAAACUCUGGAGUUAAUGGAUUCCAAAAAAUUUGAUGAUGCUGAACUGCAGGAUGAUGUAGAAUUUUUGAGCGAAAAGUUACACUCUUCAGUUCAAGAUCUAUCGUCUUUUGAUGAGUAUGUGUCCGAGGUAAAAUCAGGCCGAUUACAGUGGAGUCCUGUCCACAAGUCAGAAAAAUUUUGGAGAGAAAAUGCUCAAAAAUUCAAUGAGAAAGAUUUCGAGCUCUUGAAAAUUUUGAUAAAAAUCUUAGAAAUGCAGUCCGACACAUUAGCUCUUUGCGUUGCGGUUCAUGACAUUGGAGAAUACGUAAGGCAUUACCCAAGAGGAAAAAACAAGAUUGAGCAACUUCAAGGUAAACAGGCCGUGAUGAAACUACUUUCUGCGGACGAUCCAAAUGUGCGAUAUCAUGCAUUACUUGCAAUUCAAAAAUUAAUGGUUCAUAAUUGGGAAUAUCUUGGCAAGCAAUUAGAUGCUGAUCAUGAAGCUGCUAUAGUUCAGUAA